GUCCACCUCCUGAAGGACCAGCUGAGUGCAGAGGCCACAGCUCGACUGGAGGCUCAGGCUCGAGUCCAUCAGCUGCUGCUGCAGAACAAGGACCUGCUGCAGCACAUCUCCCUGCUGGUUAAACAGAUCCAGGAGCUGGAGACAAAGAUGUCUGGACCAAACUCAAUGGGCUCCCAGGACAGUUUGUUGGAGAUCACCUUCCGGUCGACGAUACCUCCGGUGAUCUGCGACCCCACAACUCCUAAACCCAAUCUGUCGGCCAUCAACCUGCCUGCGCUGAGCAGCGGUGACGGGACGAGCAAGGCCUUCUCAUCUUCCAACGGGACUCUCGGAGGCCCCAUAGGUAGGGACCAGUGUCUUCUCAAACUGGAGUGUUUCCGUUUCCUCCCAGGACCCCCGGGGCCGCCUCCUCCUCGACUUCCCUCGCCUCCCCCGCCGCUCAAGCCAAGCAGCCUAGAGAUCAAAAGCCCAGAGGGGUCGGAGGGCACGGCAGAGUCGCUGUCCGCCGACGUCAAAUCUCUGGGCUGCCUGGACUUUGCCAGGUUUCGCGAGUCAGGCAUCGCCUCAGAAUACGAGUCAAACACGGACGACAGCGACGACAAUGAGGACGAGGGGGAGGAGGAGGAGGACGAGGAGGAGGAGAUGGAGAUCUUUGGCUGGGGGACGGACGAGGAGACGCUGAGGCUGCUCAAUGUUCUCAACAGACAGGCGACUCCCGACUGUCUGGGAGAUGAAAUAGCAGUUUAACUCUCCUCCGCUGAAGAAUCGAGGUUGAACACAAAACACCUUGAACUGUUUUCUUCACUCACGUCACAACUACAAUCGUAGG